CGUCAUGAUGAAUUUUGCCCUGGCCAAUCAGUUCGAUAUCGAGUCCCUGGAACGGGCCAUCCAGCAACAGGUUCCGCAGUACUUUCAAGCGCUGGCCGAAGAGAAUCAGCUAAACCCGUUCGAUCUGAUACCGCUGCCGGACGCGCGAUCGCUGGCCGGCCCGGCCAGCAGCCCAACCGAAAUCGUUCCUCCCGACUGGCACCAGCCCCCGGCACCCCACCACCAGCAGCGGCGGUCCGCAGUGGACGAACAGCAAAGUAGUGGCAACGAAUGCACCGAUCUCUGCGAUGCCAAUGAUAAUAGUAUUCUGGUUGAGUUUGAGAAAAUUGAUGACGAACUGGAGGACGGAGGAUGUAACAAAGAAAACAAUACUCUAUACGAAGACGGAGAGCCAUCGCAUGCCACAAUCACAAUCGAGGGCCCGGACAACCAGAUACUGGCUCGCUAUCGGUGCAGCUAUGGCAGCUGCAAUCGAAGCUACAGCACGGUCGGCAACCUGAGGACUCACAUGAAAACGCACCGAGGCGAAUAUAAGUUCAAAUGCACCGAGGAGGGAUGUACCAAAGCCUUCCUUACGUCCUACAGCCAGAAGAUCCACAUACGGGUCCACACGAAGGUCAAACCGUACAUCUGCAGCGACGGCAACUGCAGCAAGGCUUUCAACACCCGCUACCGGUUACGGGCACACGAGAGGCUGCACAACGGGGAAACGUUUAACUGCGCCGUCUGCCAGAAGGUUUUCACCACGCUGAGCGAUUUGAAGAAACAUUCGCGUGUUCACACCCAGGAACGCCCCUACAAAUGCAAGGAAGAUAAAUGUGGCAAAGCGUUCACGGCGUCGCAUCAUCUCAAAACCCACAGCCGCACGCACUCGGGCGAGAGGCCGUUUUUGUGCAAAAUUUCCGACUGCAACAAAUCGUUCAGCACACCGCACAGUUUGAAGACCCACUCGAAGACGCACGAAAAAUUGAAGAAAAAGUUGUCGAAGUCAGCCAAGAUGAGAAAGGUGCGGCUCGCAUCGGGGCCUCAACCAAGGGCCAGGGGCUCCGAUCCGGCUGUCACGGAGGCUUUGUUGGAUGAAAAUGCCAACCGAUGCGCCGAAGGCACUGCGGAUGAUCUCGAAGACAGCAAAGUAGCCGCAGCGAUGUACGACUGUGCCAACGAUCUACAGACGGGACUCGUAUCGAUCGCUCCUCCAGUGGCUUUGGCUUCGCAGGAAGCGUACAGUUUUGUGCAGUUAAACGAUUUUCACGAAUCGAAAGCCCUUGAGCUGGCACUCGCCACCGAGGAAGAGCUGAAUCCGCAGUGGAUCGACAUUUCGAUGCUCCAAUCGAAACCACUGGCCGCUCUCGAUCCCGUCACGUCUGCGUGUAUGGCGCUUCCUACGAGCGUUCCAUCGUACGUCGAUCUAUCGUUUAACGUGAACGUAGCUGGCUUUCUUUCCGGACCCGAUUCCGAGCCCACCAGCGUGGUGCCAGCUGGUGGUGGUGGGCCCGCGCUGUCCGGCGAAAUCGUGCCUGAUGGGCCGCAGGUGUACGGCAGUAUCGGGAACUACUUCGAUGAGAGUUUGCUCGAAAGUGCCAACGCCACCGUGCAGAUCGAUCGUGCCAUACAGAACAGCGAAAAGCGUGCGGCCGGUGUGAAGCAAGAGGAGCAGGAGGAAACGGACAAAUUGAUUAACGAACUGUUUGCCGACGAGUUCCUCCCGAAGCUGACCACGGACUCUGCUGCUGGCGGCGGACCAACCCUGGUUGGUUCGGGUGGCGAAAAUCUCCUAGCGAAUGGCGGCUCGUUUAGCGGGAAACACAAAGCGCCCGAAGUGCCCGGUAUGGCGACGGGCAGCGGAGCAACGAAGACGUUGAAAGAUAUUACAGCGGAUGCGGACAUUUGUCGGUGCGUAAACUGUCAGUGCGAUCCGAUAACCGGUUGUAUCGGAGGCUGUGGUCCGGAGCAUCCUUGUUGUUCGACCGAUCUCCAACAACCCCCGUCAGCCGCAGUCGUUGUCCCGCCUGUGAGUUUAAUAACCCCAGCUCCACAGCCCCCUCCAACAGUAAGACCGAUCGUCACCUCUUCGAACUUAGCGGCUUCUUGUUGCAAAACGCAGGCAAGUGUUACCGGCGACACGAUCGGAACACUGCCUAAGCUAGCCGAUCAGCUCGAACCGUUGGCCAAUAUGUUGAAAAGCCUACAAAACUGCAACUGCGCUGGACCACGCAACGGGCACUCGAAGAGUUGUUGCGUGGUCAUCUGUCUCAAGACCCUGGAGACACUCAAGAAGGUACUGAGCACACACUCGAACCUAAUCCAGUGCCACAGCAGCAGCAGCAGUAGUGCCAUCAUGCACUAAGUGCACUAGAAGCAUGUGUGCAUAACGAGCAAGUACAAACGUGCGUCGCAAGAGAAGCGAAAGCGGAUAAUUUUGCGUGAAACUAUUGAGGCAGUGACUUUAUUUCGUGUUUUUUAAAUAUUUUUUUCACUUGUUACGCUAGGAUUCAUGUGUGGACGUUAUGUCGGUUUAGAGCCGAGUAGUUAAACGAUAUUAAUGAUCGUAGCAAUCGUGGGACGAACGCUGGAAGCGCUGCAACCGAACAAAAGCAUCGUUAGAAUCGUGGUUCCUAAACGCUUUUCAAGUAUUUCGUAGUCCUUAUUGCUUCGAGGCCGGUUUUUAGUGCUUCGAUUUACGUAAGAUUCUCUUGAUGCUCUGAUCUUCCACUGUUACCCAUAUCUCGUGCCUCGGGCUGGCGCUGUUAUGCGCUGAUUGUAGUGCGCAACGUGCGAUAGGUUAGUGCCCCCAGUGUGAUGGCAGAAAACGCUUAAGUAUAGGAUUUACUUUUUCUAAUUGCGAAGCAACGUUUUCAAAGAUGUUAAACACGUAUGGAGCGUAAGAUUGUUAAUAAUUGUAAUCGUUAUUGGUUUGUGAACGGGGAAAAACUGAACUUUAAUUUUGCGUACGCUUAUACUGCGCCCCAGGUCAAGUCCCGCCACCUGAUCGAGAGCUACACCAAAGUGAAAACCAUUGAAACGGAAACCGUUACUGAACCUAAUGUGCCACACCCCGGAGUGCCACCAUUGCCUAAGUUGUUUAGUUAUUAUGAAUUAUUCUUUGCGCCAAUGAUUACCUCUACAAAAGAUACACUUUCUUGCAGGCUUUUGCGCGAAAAUGAAUGAUAAAAAAUAAA